CGGGUUUUGUGUGUGUUGGGUGGGGGGGUCCACUCCACGGACGCGGAGCCAUGAGCGCAGAGUGAGUUUAGUCCUUCAGGGGGAAGGUUUAGCAAUCCUGCAGGUUCCUGAGGUUGAUCGGUUCCUUUCUGCUCUGUUGAUCUUUUCUCUUUGUUUCAUGUGAGACUUGAUGAAGAAUCUCGGGACCGCGGAGCUGAGCGCCUCAUUCAGGGAUUGAGAGAAAGGCUAAUCAUCCAGGCAACUUUUUUUUUUUUUUAUCCCCAGUCCGGGCAGGGAUGUCUUUGACUCGCGUGGAUUACAUUGCGCCCUGGUGGACUUACUGGCUUCAUAAUUUCCCCCACAUCAACCUCAGGUUUCAGCCCACUGAGAAGAGCUUCCAGCCAGAGGAUGAGAACUACCAGCAGUCUCUCAUUUUCCUGGGCUGCGUGGCGGCAGCAGGACUCGGACUCAACCUCCUAUGUUUGGCCGUCUACCUGAGCUGCCUGUGCUUCUGUCGCAAAGACGAAGACGAGGAAAGCAAGAAGCCAAACUCCUGCUGCGUCACCUGGUCGGCUGUGGCUGCAGGGCUCAUUACAUGCAUCUCUGUGGGUGUAGGUUUCUAUGGCAACAGUGAGACCAAUGACGGCGUGUACCAGCUGACCUACUCCCUGUACAAUGCCAACCACACCCUGGGUGGUGUCGACAGCCUGGUAACGGGAACGAUGAGCAACAUGAGAACCGGUCUGCACCAGCACCUGGCAAGGUUGGAUGAGAUCUUCGCCAUGAGAGGAGACUACGUGCAAACGCUGCAGUUCAUGCAGCAGAUGGCCGACAACGUGAUCAAACAGCUGCUGGGGCUGCCCAACCUGGACCAGGCUAAAAUGGACCUGGCAACUGUGGCCAAUCAGACUGCACAUAUAGAGUACUACAGGUGGCUAACCUACCUUCUGCUCCUCAUCCUGGACCUGAUCAUCUGCCUGCUGGCCUGUCUGGGCCUGGCUAAGCAGUCCCGCUGGCUUCUCACCACGAUGAUGGUGUUCGGCGUUCUGACCCUGAUCCUGAGCUGGACCUCUCUGGGCGCCGACCUCGCUGCAGCUGUGGGAACAAGCGAUUUCUGCGUCUCACCCGAUAAGUACGUCAUGGGUCAGACCAAGGGGAUCAUCACAGCCGAUAUCGUCCACUACUACCUUUACUGCAACCAGACUCGCUCCAAUCCUUUCCAGCAGCCUCUGACCAUCUUCCAGAGGUCCCUCACCACCAUGCAGAUCCAGAUCCAGGGUCUUCUGCAGUUUGCUGUGCCCCUGUUUCCUACAGCCGAGAGGGAUUUAGUGGGUAUCCAGAAUUUGCUGAACUCCUCGGAGGCGAGUCUGCACCAGCUGACGGCUCUGCUGGACUGCAGGGGGCUCAACAAGGACUACCUGGAUGCAAUGGUGGGGGUGUGCUACGACGGUGUGGAGGGUGUGCUGUAUCUCUGUCUCUUCUCCAUCCUGGCUGCCUGUGCCUUUACUGUCAUGCUGUGUGCCAUUCCCAGAGCUCUGAGACAAAUCGCCAGCAGAGAACGAGAUUAUGAUGAUAUAGAUGAGGAGGACCCGUUCAAUCCCCGGGCCAGGAGGAUAGGCUCCCAGAACGCCAACCAGGCUAACCUGCACAGCUUCUGCAGCUACAGCAGCAGCAUGGGCAGCCAGAACAGCCUGCACCCCCCCGCACCGGCUGUCUCCAACCCCCCUGUCUCUGAGUACAUGAACCAUACAGCCCUUUUUGGAGGAAACCCCCGAUAUGAGAACGUGCCUCUGAUUGGACGAGGUUCUCCGCCUCCCUCGAUUUACUCUCAGCCGUAUAGAAAUCCAUACUCCCCUACGAUGAGAGCAACUUACCUCUCCAUGACUGAGGAGCAGAGUCGACACUUUGGAAGCGACUUCCAAGCCUAGACCUCGAUGCGUGACGGAGGGAACCUGCAGUAAAGGAGGAAGCAGCUGUCGGAUGGCUCACGGAGG